ACUGGAGACAGCGUCAAUCCCCGGCCACACCCCGGUGCUCCAGAUUCGGAUUUCCCUCCAUCCUGCUGCCUACACCAGGGACUAGAAGUCAGGGGUUGUUCCCCCCCCCCGCCUGCCCGCCCGCCAGGAACUGGUGGCUGAGGCGCCAUUGACCUCUUCUCCGCCUGAAGACCAAGGCUCCGGAUUUCUGUUUUUAUCGCAGAGGCUGAGAAACUGGAUCCAUCCUGAUCCUGCAGGGGCAAACAAGCUGGUCUGAAAAGAUCAUGCCAAAAGAACAGUCUGAACUCCUCCAGGUUCUGCCCCAGGAGCAGCAGCAGCAGCAGCAGCAACAGCGCCACCCAGGGCCUUUGGGGUGGUCCACGGUCCGAGUGACUGUCCGGAGCCAGAGAUCCCAGCCUGACACCUUUGCCCCACCGAGGGUUCUCUUGAGAAAGGGUUUGGUGGCCUUGGAUAUCCUGUGCCUCCUUGUCGCCUCGAUCCCAUUCUUCAUCUCUGAGCUUCGCCUCGUUUCCCCGGUGCGUCGCGGCUUCUUCUGCAACGACAGCAGCAUCAGCUACCCAGUACAGCGCUCUGAGACCAUUUCUGAUCCGGUGCUCAUUUCAGUGGGAAUCCUGAUCGCUUCUGUCGUGAUCAUCCUAGGCGAAAGCUUUCGAGUGUACAACCUUUCCUACCCUUCCCGCUCCAUCGUCUCCAACCCGUACGUGGCUGCUCUCUACAAAGAGAUCGGCACUUUCCUCUUUGGCUGCAUUGUGGGCCAGUCCCUCACCAACAUGGCCAAGCUUGCGGUGGGUCGCCUCCGGCCUCACUUCCUGGCCGCCUGUCGGCCGGACCCCGCUCGCAUCAACUGCUCUGCCGGUUAUGUGGAGGACUACGUCUGCACUGGGGUUGCCUCGGAGGUGAAAGAAGCCAGGAAGUCUUUUUACUCCGGCCAUGCCUCCUUUGCCAUGUAUACCAUGAUGUACCUGGUGUUUUACCUGCAGGCGAGGUUCACUUGGAAGGGUGCUCGCCUACUGCGCCCGCUGGUCCAGUUUGUCCUGUUGAUGGUGGCCAUGUACACGGGGCUCACCCGCAUCUCAGACUAUCGGCACCAUCCGUCUGAUGUGAUCGUGGGGCUGCUGCAAGGGGCGCUGGUGGCCUACUGGGUGGCCUUCCAUGUGUCCCACAUGUUUCACUGCAAGCACCAACCUCGCGCCCGCCCUCCCGCCAUCGCUUCCGACUCAGACUGCCACACCGAUUGCUAGGGUGUGUGAAAUGACUGUCGGGGGGGGGCAUGACCAAAUGUGUGCCAUUUGCUUGGCCUUUGAGGUCAAGGUCGACCCCUGUUUAGGCACCAGCCGGGGGCUUUGCUUGCUCCCAGGGAGCCCCUUGGGAGGUUUGCUGACUGCUCUAUGUCCACCUCUGGCACUGCACCCAUGGCUGGCAACUUCCAGGAGGAGAAGAGAUGGCAUCUUUGCAACAACACCAAAGAUUCCUCUCUCCAUCUCACCCCCCCCCUGCCCGGAUGAUACAGAGCGGUUUGGCUUCUGGAUCUGGAUGCCGUGAGCUCCCCUCCCCUUUUUCCUGAUGAACUUCCCACCUUCAAAGAAUGCCACAUCCUCACCGCGGCUGCCAGUCUGGCUUUUUUCAUCAACGGACGGUCGCAGAGGAAGCUCCAGAAGGAAAUCCCAUCCUUUUCAAAUGAUCAUCAUUGCUAUUAUUAUUCGUCAGGAAGGACCUGCCCUUCCUUCUCAUUCGUUAUGGAAGGAUCUCACGCUUGAAGUAUUACGCACACAGGCUGCGUUGCCAGGAGAAAGAUGGAUAUUGCAGAGAACUCAUGGCUCACGGCUCUAGCAGCACAUUUCUGCUGCAGAAAACACACACACACACACAUGAAGGAAUGAACCCUGUAUUCUGCCGGUGGGGGUGGGAGUAAAAUCACUAGAAAAUCAAUUGCAGAGGACCUGUGGAUUUUGUGUACUGAUGCUGCUGAUGGGUUGCCAGUUACCUCCCACCUCUUCACCUCUCCCACCCCUCACCCAAAAUGUGAAUGUAUUUUUUUUAAUAUAUAAUAAAAGGUACUGACAAUCA